AUGGCUUCCCAAAUUUCUAGUCAACAGAAAUCUCCCGAUAUUUUGGACCAGGAAUUCGAGCAGUUUGCCUCGGAAGUUGUUGAUUUCAGCUCACAGUAUGCUGGAGAGAUCGGUCUAAGUUAUUCAGCCAAAAAUUUGGCUGGUGCUAGUGAAAUAUAUCCAAAAUAUGGUGACUUUACACAGGCUUGUGUUUUGCGAACAUAUGGACCCUGGUGGAAGUUAGCACCUUCCUAUGCUGGUCAGAUACCAAGAGUUCCAUCCAAAUUCGUUAGCCAAGAUUACAUAGAUUUGUCUUUCGACACUCCAGUGAUACCGACCAAAAUUGAGAUCUAUGAAACUUACAACCCUGGAGCUGUUUCAAGAAUUGUCGCUUGCAUUUCUCCAGAACAGUCAGGAAAUGGUGAUAAAAAAUUGUGGAUGACACUGUGGUCCGGUCAGCCUAAACCUGUCCCAAGGAGGUCCAGGAUCUUCUCUCCGUCUUUAGCUCUGAUACCUUACCCUGUCAAGUUUCUGCGAUUAGAGUUCUGUUGUACACUGUGCGAUUACUAUACGGAACUGGAUGCUGUGAAACUCACAGGCAAAAGAUGCAGUGACGAGUACAUUAGCAAAAUUAUCAAGAUUCUUAAUAAAGAACGUGAUGUGCUGAGUCUUGAUGAGCACCAGGAGUCCAUGUCGGGUAUGAUGCAGUGGCUGUCUCUGGGCUCUGGUUCCAGUGAUCCGCCUGAAGGAUACUUUAGUUUACUUCCAGAAGAAGUUAUCCAGAAAAUCUUUAGCUUUCUCGAUCUCAGGACGUUGUGCAAAAUAGUCUCCACUUGCAAACUCUUCCAGAAACAUGCAUAUGACCCUUUGCAUUUCACUGUUGUUAAUGCUCAGCCUUAUUGGGCAACGAUGAGUGAUAAUGGUUUAGAUAGCCUUCACAGUCGAUGUAAGCUGCUGAGAAGACUCAGUCUUUCUUGGUGUGGAAAUUAUGGCCACAUCACUCAAGAUGGACUUAAUAGAUUCCUCCGUGUUUGUGGGAUGAUGGUGACAGAUCUACGAUUAGCCUGCUGUAAAUUUGUGGAUGACAAAGUCUUAAAAACGAUCGUGGAGUGCUGUCCAAAGCUGAGAGAGAUCGAUCUCCACAGCUGCCCGAUAUCGGAUUGGACGCCGCUUCUGUCUGUGAAUCUCACACGAUUGAAUCUCUACAGGUCACAAAUCGAUGGAGAUUCAUUAAAAAAAAUACUAAGCGUGAACCAUGACCUCGAGCAUUUGAACAUAGGGUGUUGUACGUUUAUUCAAAACUAUGACGAAAUCACUGCCACCUUGGCGAAACAUUGCAUUCAUCUUAAGUCAUUAGAUUGCUGGCGAGCCAAGACGUUGACUGAUGUCGGGAUGUUACAGCUCUCUCAGGGAUGUAAAGAGUUGCAGGAGUUGGACAUCGGAUGGUGUGGGAACAUUCGUUCAGGAUCUGGAUGUCUUGUCAAAUUAGCCAAAACCUCUGGAAGGAAUCUCAGGAAAUUAUAUCUCACUGCCAACCGAACCGUUGCUGAUCAAGAUCUCAAGGCUUUAGCUGAUAAUUGCCCUAAUCUAGAACAACUGGACAUUCUAGGCACGGGAGAGGUUAAAGCAGCAUUGGUUGAAAGGGUUUUGGAGAACUGCACCCAGUUGAAAUUUUUCGACGUGUCCUUUUGUGCCGCCGUAGAUUUCGCGAUGCUUCAAGGUCUUCGGGACCAGUUUCCGAAUGUUGACAUCAAGAAGAGCUUCCAAUAGACAACAACUGCAACCCGCCAUGACGAAAGUUACAUGUCGCUCCGAGCUUGACAGGUUGAGACAUACUGGUUGUUCAUUUCACUGUUGUCUGCCUUUUGUGACAUCUGAGUACAGUAGAACCUCUCCAUUAAGGACACUCUCGGGACUGUCAAAUGCUGUCCUUAAUAGAGAUGUGUCCCGAUUAGAGAGGUCAAAUUGAAUGGAUAGUACCAAUUUGGGACCAAAACUAGUGUCCUUAAUAGAGAGGUUGUCCCUAAUGGAGAGGUGUCGCAAAGGGAGGUUCCACUGUACAACAAUUUCCUCUAUUAUGUCCUGGUGUCAUUUCAGGCUCAUCUUCUGUGCGACAUGCGACUCAUUUUGUCGUGGUGGGUCACAAGUGGUAAAUUCUUGCAAUGCAGCGUUGUUUUCUAUGUGAAAUACAAUGCGUCUUACUAUUGUGGCAACAUACGUGUAGUUUUGAGGAGUAUUAGAAUAGAAAUUGAUGCUAUCCGUCAGUAUUGGUUCAUUCAACAAUGCCCAAGUAGAGCUGUCUUUUUGUCAAAAACGUCACCGAGGCACCUCAGUGUGGUUUACAUGCUCAUUGGGUGCAGCAAGACGACUAAUACCAACAGUUUGGUAUCGAUUUUUAAAUGAUGCGGGUUUGGCUGUCAUACAGGUCUAGAUGUCAUUAUUGUCCAGUUUUCGAGUCAUGUUUCCUAGUUUUUUUAGUGCCCAUUCAUGUUCUGUACAUUGUACCCAUGUAUUUCAGCUUUUGUUUUGAUUUAAUGCAUGAAUUGAAACAUGUUACUCGUAAAACUAUGAAUACUCGUUACUGCACACCACCAAGUUUUCGAGAAUUCAGUAAAUAAUAUUUUAUUCAUGAAAAACAAAAACAUUUUGAUUCGAAAAACAAAAAGAAUUUUUGUGGUAUGCCAAAAAAUAGAUGGUAAAAAUUAUAGCGAAAAAUGAGCAGGCAUUGAAAUUAGGCAUUUUACAGUCAACGUUGCCUCCCAGAAUCAUUUGAUUUCAGAGUGUCACAGUUCACAGUUCACGUCUUUUGCUUUUAAUACCAACAAGUAUUAUGAAUAGUAAGUGAUGGAUGACAAAGUGAUAUAUGCCAUGUUGUGUCAUCCAGAUUGCAUUUUUUUGUUCAAAAGAUUUUGAAUAGGCAUUCUAGAAUCGGCAGUUAUCAUUACUUCCAAGGGAAAAUCCAUUAGUUUUAUUCCUACACUGGUCCUACGUAAACUGCCGAACUGUUUUGCAGGGGUGUUCUGGUGUUAUCUCUCACUGAUUGCGUCCCUUAUCUACCUAUGCAAAUUCCUGGGCAAAGGCGUUGACGAGUCUGGGUCAUAUUUAUAAUGUAGCCAGUCAGCUCAAUUGUCAGUGUUCUCCAAACCAUUUAAAAAAAGGGGUGCCCUGUCCCCUUACCCCAAGGGGUCCAAUUUCCGCACCCCCUUAAAAAACUUACCUCUGAAUUCGUUGUAUCUACCUUAAAAUGCUACAAAAUGACCCCAAAUGCAUUUUAAAUGCUUCGGAAGUCCUUGAAAUCUUCAAAAUCGUUAGAUUACCCCCCUCUUAAAGGCCUACGCCCUUCUAUAAAAGUUUUGAAUUUGCAAUUGAAUUAAAAAUUUCAAUUGCGGAAAUAUGUACUAAAUAUAAAUUUCAACAUUGACGUUGUGUAGACUGAUAUACAAA